CGAGCACCAGUCGAUUCACAUUUUUUCUGCCUUGACAACAUGAAAACAACGCGUACGGUGCUGUAGAUCGUCAAAUUGAAACCAUAAUGCCAGGUCAGAGGUUAAUGAACAUACAUGAUGCAGUACGCAGUGGGGAUGUCUUGGAGCUGGAGGCCAUGGUGAAACGGGGUGCCAGCAUCAAUGAAGUGGACGCCAAGAAUAAAUUCACCGCCUUGCAUUGGGCAUGUCAUUGCGGUGCAUUGGAGUGUCUUCAUUGGUUGUUGUGGCACGGUGCCGACGUCAACGUCAAGACACCGCAGGGAUGGACCCCUGUGCAUAUCGCUGCAAUCCGAGGCCAGGAUCAGUGCAUUCAGGCGCUGGGCACCAGUGGAGCUAGCAUGAACUGUCGUGACCAGCGCGGUAAUACCCCUGCUCACUUGGCCGCUGCCCAUGGCAAUUCCUACACUCUCAGCUCUAUACUCCGAGCAGGAACGGACAUUGAAGCUAAGAAUAUGACUGGCUGGACACCCGUCCACGUUGCGUCAUACCACGGCAGACUUGGUUGUCUGCAGCUAUUGGUCAAGUGGGGUGCCAGGACUGAUGACACGGACAGCACUGGCAACAUACCUGCCCACCUGGCAGCCUGCGAGGGUCAUCUUCCUUGUCUCAAAUUUCUGGUCAGUCAUGGUGCCAGUUUGUCUGACACCCUAGGAGCGAGGAACGAUAACGGAGAGACGCCCAAGACGCUGGCCUCACAGUUCUAUAAACAGAGCUGCGUGGAUUAUAUCAAUGCUGUUGAGUGGGAGCGUGACCAUCCUGAAGAUGAGGAAAACCUGGCCUUCCCUGCACACAUUGCUGCCUACAGUGGUGAUCUGAGCCACUUGAAGAUGCUGAUUGAGCAAGGAGUCGUCAACAUCAACGAACGAGAUGAGAAAGGCUCGACUCCGGCCCACAAAGCUGCCGGAAAUGGCCAUCUGGAAUGUCUGCAGUGGCUGGUCGAGAUGGGAGCCAACAUUCACAUCCAGAAUUCAGCCGGGGAGACACCUUUGGAAGUUGCCACUCGUUUUGCUCAGCUGGCUUGUGUCAAACUACUCAAAGGUGACGAGUCAGAUUCGGAUGAGGGGCCGGCGGAUUAUGCCGUUGCUGAUGAGGACAAUGAAGACAAGAUUGCCCGCCUGUCUGCUGAUCAUGGAACUGGGGAAGGCGAGUCCAUCCCGCUAACUGGGAAACAGAAAGAGGAAGCUAGAGGCCGUGCAUUGAAACGUGUAGAAGAGCUUGAGAGGUUACUGGGCAUUGCCAAGCAAAACUACCACCAGCUGGGAGGACGACUGGAUGAAGACAGAGAGAUGAGACGGAGGGACAGGGAGAGUGAACGUGUGAUAGGCGAGUUGGAAUCGCAGCUCGAGUAUGAGCGGCUGCGACGUGAGAAGCUGGAGUCCCAGCUUGAUGAGUGCCGCUCCGAGAUCCAACAUCUAAAUUCUCAGUUAGAGAGAGCUUCCUCACUGGGAGUGAGUGAGGAAGAGAGCAAGCCCAAGAAGAAAGCCAAAAAGAAGACACGACCAACAGACGGGGGCGUGUUUGUCAAGAGAACCGUCAACAAACCCACGGCCAAGAACACAGACUUUUUCUGAGCGAAGAGUUAAACAAGAUGCAACGUCAAAUGCUAGCGUGUAAAUGGGAGGCAGUGUUCACACAGUAUCAAGCAUAUGCAUCCGUAAAAUCAAAGCAGUGUUGCAGUCGAGUCCAAGUCCCCAAUCAUGUCUGAUCCAAACCAUCCAGUCAUGGGCCAAAUCACAAGCUAUUCAAAUAAACUGUCAGAAAAGCUUUCUUAUGCCAUUGUUCACUGUUGCUAGUGAUUGGUCUCGUGAAAUGAUUAGUGACUGGACUUGUGAUGAACAGUUCAUCAACCGAUGCUUGGAAUCCACUCAUCAUGCCAUUUUGAAAUUUUUUGAGGAUGUGCCUGGUAUUUUUAUUUGGCCAUGCUUGAUAGAAUAAUGAACUUAAGUCACAGUGAGUCUCCAUCUGUAUUUGGUAAUUUUGAAUCAUGUGUCUUUGGAAGCAAGAAAUCAAAGAUUUGCACAAAAGUUACCUGCUUACAGUAUCCGUCAAUUCUGUUGAGAAAUUUGAAAUGAAAAGUUGUAAAUUUCAACAUUUGUUCUGCAUAUUUUCUCAGUAUUAACUUUUGACCCUCUGUGCUGGGGAAUGCCAUUAUCUGACCCUAAAAUUUGUUUCUUUUGAAGGGUUGAGGAAGGAAAAUUUUUCUCAACAUGUCCAGACGCUGUCAUGGCAGGCUUGAUGAGCAACAACGCGACUUAUGAAGAGUACUGCUUCUUGACAUUCAAAGCUCUGGCAUUUCUGGCCAGUCCAUCAUUGUAAACACGUUGGCCUAAAGCUUCUUGACCUAGAAAUAAAUGUUAAAAAAUUGUGCCGACAUUGUUAUUGUAAAUUCAAGAUUUUCCAUUUGCAGAGACAUAUUUUAUGAUGCAUAGUGAAUAUUUUUAGAUCAGCGUCCACUUUGUAUGCAUUUGAGAGACCUGUAGAGACUACUGACUGCAGUGUAAUUAAUCAACACUUAAACAUCAACCGUAAAAAAAAUCAUAAAAUUGUGAAUUAGAUUGAAAAGAAUUCAUGAUUCAAGUUUUUAACAGGUAAAUUGGCCAAGAGAUUAUUAGUAAUGAGUAAUUGUGUCUUUUGUUUCAUAUGUGCAUUUGAAUGUAUUUCCGUGAUUGUACAUUGCUCCUUGCUACAUACUCUGUAUGAAAAACAAAAGGCUGACAAUGCAGGUUUUUCUGCAAGACAGUGCAAUGUGAUCAUUUAGUGACAUUAACACUCGAUUACAUGGCAGACUGCAUUCAGAUUAUUUUCUUUGCAGUUGGCAUAAAUUUAUUGCACACUGGAUAUUGAAAUAAAGUUCUUCAUGGAAGUUGUCUAUAGGAAAUAGGAAGAUAUUUUGCACAGUGGCAUAUGUUGAAACUAAAAAUGGUAGUCCAAUGUAAAGUGGAAUAGUUUUGCAGUAAGCUGAUUUCAACUUCAAGAAUCCUUAGAAAUAGAGGGUCCCGUCCUUUCGCAAAGUUAGUGUUUACAGGCAAUAUGGGAAUAAACAAACCCUUGACUACA